UCAAUCGUGACGGUCACGAUUUCCGCGAGUGAGUUUUGUUUUUACGCACCAACCAAGAAGUCAAGUUCCAAGUGUGAAUAGUUAAAAAAUACUCCGGAAAAAAACAAACCUCUGACAAGUUCUAGUUUCUGGCUAUCGUCGCGAAAAAACCUGUUUCCUAGCCAUUCCGGUUUCCGUUCUAAACGUGCAUUGAUCCGCGUUGAUCUAUGGACAGCCGGAAGUGCAAAAUUCUACAUCCGCCUACUGUGCAUGGAUUUUUUCGGUGUGUGUUGUUACUGGGUCAGAAAUUUUUUUGAGAAGGUGACAAAAUAUUUACAUAAUAAGCAAACCAAGCAAGAGAAUUCCGGAUUAUUGUUUACAUAUUUUAAAAUUUGAGUUAAGAUUUUGGUAGUGUUGCAAUACAGUUAAGCAACUUGUUGAUGGAAGAUUCCUAUGCGAGAAUUGAUCAAAAUCAUUAAAUUUAGUCCUCAGCGACCUGGGGACAAAGUGCAAACUGGACCGCAAUCUGCCUGCACUGUGGCCAACGUGCCGCACCUCACCAAUACCAGCUCAAUCCGUCCACGGAUAGCUGAUGAUGUGAACGGGAACCAGCAAAAAGGCCACAACAGCCUGUGCAAACUGAGCCGUCGAACAGAGGCGGACCGAUUUGACCGACUCACGGAAGAAAAAGAAACGAUACACGAGGGGCCUUGGUUUCCGUCAUCAGCAGCAGCAGCAGAACCCCGUCAUCAUCAUUAGCCGUCAGCCACAUCGUCAUCGUCAUCGUUAGUGGGAAACAUCAUCAGGCGGUUCUGCUUCUCGGGGUAGUCAGUUGGUUGUUGGUGGCCCUUUCGAAGAGAUUUCGGUGGCCCAUCGUCGUCGUCGUCGUCGGUGACUUGAGCGAGGGACCUUGUGGGUCGUUGAUGGGUUCACGUUGUUUCGUGUGCAGUUAUUUUUUAACGUUUAGCUAAGAUCCUUCCCAGUUUUGUGGGCUCAAACGCUUACAGCGACCGAAUCUAGAAGAUAAUUAUCCCAUCGAAAGUAGGAUUAGUUCGGGUGGGAUGAUGAGUGAAUUAUGACAUCGGAUUUCAGUUCGAUACAGAUUGCAAAAGGUUUCAGAAGGAAGCAAGCCUAAAUGCAUAGGUGCCAACAGUGAAUUAUGAAAAAAGAGAAGAAUUGAUUAAGUGAGAAGGUUGCGCAGAUUUUAACCUGGAUACAUUUGAAGCAACAUCAAUUAGUGCGUGGAACAAAAAAUCUUCGUUAUCGAAAGGAUACAGUUUUGGGGACUUUGUUGUAGACUCUAGUUAAAAAAACUAUAUAGUUGCAUCCCCUUAUAAAUGACAGGCUCCCCGAUCAAAAUGGAGCAGGAUUCGGACCAAGAGCAGCAACUGCUCCGGCAACAGUACCAUCAACCUGCCGGCGGAAACAUUCCAAACGGAGUCCACGAGCUCACUGCCAGUUCCGACGUGUCGGUAUUGAGGGACGAAAAUUGUAGGCUCUUGACCACACUGCUCGAAUACAAGAAAAUGUUGGAAAACACCAAACUUCGCUACGGCACUAUGAAGCGAGAGUUCUACGCCGCCAAGAAGCGCAUGAAACGAAUGGCCAACAAGCUUCAGCUGACGGGAGGAGGAUCUGGGACAGUGAACAGUCGAGAUGGGAGCGAUAGCGGUGAUAGUAACUUGAACCCGGCCAAUUCGGGCGCGGGUGGUGCACAGGUCGAUGACGAAAUUAGGAAAAAGUGGAAAGAACCGAAUCUCAAGGCUGCCGUCAAACUGAAGGCAGCCGUGGGAAUGCAGGCGUAUAGGUAUCUGAUACGGGACGGAGAGCUCCAACUGCCCAGCUUGAGGACCAUUUCCCGCUAUGUGGAUGCGCUGAAGAAGGUCGGGAUGAAACCGAACUAUGAUUUCAAUGUACGGGACGAUGACUCGGUGGGGGGUACCAUUUUCGAAGAACUCAACGAGGAUAGUGCCGAUGUGGAUCAUAACCGGAAUCAGCACCAUCCGAACAGCGGUUCCGGGAAAUCGAACUCGCAGCAAACGUCCCGGGAUGUUUCGGACUCAGAGGAACCGGUCAAUUUUACUGCCAUGCCGGAUGCCAGCUUCUACCGCCGGGAUAAUAAAACCGAAUCGGACGACGAAGUGGAAAGUGGCAGCACCCAUCACACGGGCACCAAUGGUUUCGGCGGAGGCCCUGGCAGUGUCGGUGGUGGUAUGGCCGGUAUGAACUUUGCCGAUCUGUACCGGAGGCCGCAUCCGAAUCAGCACACCGUACAUCAGCAGCAACAAACGCUCACCUCGGCGCACAUAGAAUUCCUGAAAUCGAUGACCGGGUUCCGCAAAAAGUGGACACCCUUUGAGCUGCGAACGUGUAUGGAUAUUAGAAGGAUCAUCGGCAGCAAGGAGUACGAUUCGUUGCGGAAGAACGAUGGAAUGCCGCUGCCUUCGGCCAAGACGCUGAGAAAGUACAAACAUGCGGUCCAUCUCGAUGGGGUUGAUGUUAUGAGCAGGAAGCGCACCUAUCGGGAGAUGCUUGAUGGUCUGGUGUCGAAUGGGGUUGAAAUGAACGGUGUCGAUGGAUUCGGCGAAGAUGUCGAUGAUAUUUUGAACGCCGAGGAACCGGAGGGUUUCUUCGAUAUCAACGGUCUUUCGGAAGAACAGAUAGACUUCCUACAAUCACUUUCCAAUAACACAAAAGGUUUCUCUGACUUCGAGCUUCAAAAAACGCUGGAGCUCAAAAACGAACUCGGCGGCAAAAACUACGAGAUCCUUCGCAAACAAGAAUGCCUGCACAUACCAACGCUGAUCUUGUUGAAAAAGUACGAACAAGACAACGGUCUUGAGGAUCUAUCCGCCAUGGUCGUCGCGGAAGACAUCGACGAAGACGACGAUAACGAACCGGAUCAGGAACCCGAAGCCGAAAACAACCAUCGUGAGUACGAAAACGGAACGCCAGACCUGAACAACCAUAACUUCCAUCCAGAGCUUAACGGUGGUCCUCACGGAGAAGAUUCGCACAUGGGCAUUUUCGAAAACCAUUCCAUUUUCGACAGGGACGAUACACCGUCCUUCGAUAUGUCCAAACUUUCGCAGGGACACGUCGAGUUCCUCAGCACCCUGCCGGAAAACCCGAAACGAUGGACACCGCACAUGCUCAACUCGGCCCUGGAUAUUAAGAACGAAAUCGGAACCCGCGAUUACGAGUUGCUUCGGAGACAGGGCAUUCCGCUGCCCGCCGCACGAACACUCCGCAGGCACAAGGACAUCAAAAGUCGGGUCGGAGAGGGGGCAGACAUUUAAGCAAACGUUGUUUAAUAAGCUUAGUUCGAGCUUGUACCUGUAUAAUAUGAUAAUACCUUAUAGUUUUCCCGCCCGAAUGUAAAUAUUAAACCGUUUAAAUAAGAUAGAGUGUGGAGCAUGGAAUUUGAAGUGAAAUGAAGCCAAAAGAAGAAAAAAAAUAGAAGGUAUCGAUUGCGAUGAACGCUUUUGAGAGAAAAAAAAAUCGCAGAAAAAUAGUACCUCUGAAAGUCGUCACACAUUUUGAUAGUCGAUAACUGUUUUGUUGCCGGAAAGUUUAAAUUUGGUUUAGUUUUUCCUAUAGAAAUAAAUACCUACGUUUGUUUUAAAGAAAUAGCUGAAACUUUAAUGUUUCAAUCAGUCAGGGUUUUUUUUUGAGUAGGCAACAGCAAGGAGCGCUCGUAUGAAUGAAUGAUGAUGGAUAUCAAAUAAAACGUUUUAACAAAACAUGA